AUGGAAACUAAAAAGGUUAAAUUAGCUGAUUAUGACAUAAUGAAUACAUUGGGGACUGGUUCAUUUGGAAGAGUAAGACUAGCAAAAUAAAAGUCAAAUAACAAAUAUGUUGCUUUGAAGAUAUUAAAGAAAAUUGAAAUAUUACGACUUAAAUAGGUUGAUCAUAUUAUAAGUGAAUUUAACAUUCUGAAGUAAGUAAAACACCCAUUUCUGGUAAAUAAAAUAAGUAAAUGUAUUAGAUUGAAAUGAGUGGGUACACUUAAGAUGAACGAUACUUGUAUUUUGUGUUGGAAUACAUAUAAGGAGGAGAAUUGUUUACAUAUUUAAGAAAUGCUGGAACAGUGCAGAAUGAAGAGGCUUAGUAAAUCAAUUGAUGACAGUAGAUUCUACUCAGCCUAAGUUGUUUUAAUGUUUGAGUAUCUUCACACUAAGAAUAUAGUGUAUAGAGAUUUGAAGCCUGAAAAUCUUCUUGUCUAAUCUGAUGGAUAUCUGAAAUUAACUGAUUUUGGUUUUGCUAAAGUGGUUGAAGAUAGAACCUAUACAUUAUGUGGUACACCUGAAUAUUUGGCCCCUGAAAUCUUAUUAAAUAAAGGUAUUAUUGAAAAUUAACAAAAUUUAAGGUCAUAGUAAACCUGUAGAUUGGUGGUGUUUAGGAAUCUUUUUGUAUGAAAUGCUUGCAGGUAUUUGUUUUAUCGUAGAAAUCCAAAGGAAUUGAUCCAUUUAAUGAUGAAGAUCCAAUGGCUAUAUAUUAGAAAAUAUUGAAGGGGAAAGUCAAAUUUCCACGUAAUUUUGAUAAGUAAUGAUGAAAUAAAUUAUAAUUAACUUUAGUGAAGCAAAAUGCUUAGUAAAACAUUUAUUGGAAUAGGAUGUAACAAAAAGAUUUGGAAAUUUAAAAAAUGGUGUAGAUGAUAUCAAAUAACAUAAAUGGUAUGAAACUCUGAAUUGGAAAGAUUUGUUUGCCAAAAAAUUAAAGCCACAAUAUAUACCAGUUAUUCAGUAUGAUAUAUUUAAUAUGUAGAUCUGAUUAUGAUACUUCUAAUUUUGCUACUUAUCCUGAUAGUACUGAAUUACCAGACUCUGUUAAACAAUAGGAUGAUCCAUUCAAAGAUUGGUGA